GACGGCGGACUACCGACCGGCAGACGGUUAGUGACAUCCGAACGGUCAACGGACGAGGUUCAGCUUCGACAAUCCUGUACGACGUGUUUACGUCGUAGUUGUUUCGGAAUAAUAAUCAUAAUUCGUUCUCCGUGGUAUAACGGUAUCGUAUACAUAAACAGCAACCGAGUAAGCAUUCUGGGCGACGAUCCACAUCAAUAGACGUGUCACUAACAGGAACCUACCUAAUAUACCGUGACGUGUGCGCUGACGAACCGAUUUCUGACGUUUGUAUCUAUUAUUGAUCUGCGUCGAAACUCGAUCAACAUAAUAAUAUUACACAUUACAGACUGAAAAUUUGUACUUAUCGAUCAUACGUACGAACAAACUACAUUCAUAACCAACGAUUGUCGCAAGACGAUUUUUAACGCCGAUUUAUAUUGAAACGUUUUAAUAUACUGUGUACACCGUUUUUGAAACAGUAAGACGCUUUUAAAGAAGCAAUAGCCACAACAGCGCAAGAGCUACUAGAUCAUGGAGACGAGCAACGGCCGAACGAUGCGUUCACUGGCUGUAAUGAUGUUUUUGGUGGCAUCGGCCAUGGGCCAGCAGUCCAUGUCGUUUCCGGACAGCGAGGGCAGCGGCGUUGGUGUUGCGGACAACGGAACGACGUCGGGCGAUACCGGUGCCGGACACAGGAGCGGGAAGAACCUGUUCAACUGGUUGGGAAGUUUCUCGGACGAGGGCGCUGAUCCGUACUUGUCGUCGGCCAACGGUGCGUGUCUGCAGGGUGACAUGGCCGAGUGUUUCAAGGCCCGCGCCCUGUCCGGCCUGGGCGACUUCUUUGUCCGGGACUCGUACCGGCUUAACGAUAACGUGCGGGUGGUACGCCUGCGCGAUGAAGACGACGACGGUGGCCGGCACGCGUCCAGAGCGUUCGAGUUCUCGACGGAACAGCGGCCUGAGGACACCGAGUGGGACAAGCUGGUGAAGUUUGCCACGCGCAAGGCCGAGCGGUUCCUGCGAUCGGCCGCCGUCGAGGUGCACGUGCCCGACGAGUUGACCGAGGGUGGCAGGUACUCGCCCAGGUUCAUCGACGAGAUAUCCUCCGAGCUGGACACGCUCGAAGACAAGAAGGCCAGCGUCAUUACCAAGAAGAAGGUGAAGAAAUUGCUGAUUCCGUUGCUGAUCGUACUCAAGCUGUUCAAGUUGAAGCUUCUCCUUUUCCUGCCGCUCAUCCUGGGUUUGGCUUCGUUCAAGAAGGUGCUCGGUUUCCUGGCACUGGUUGUGCCCGGUCUCAUUGGGUUCUUUAAGCUAUGUAAGCCCGACCUCCAACAUAACUACGGCACGUUUGGGCACAGUAGCUACUAUCAUAGGCCGUCGAACGGUGGGGCUCAUUCUGGACCCGUGUACUCACCAUACCGCGAACACCAGGAGCCACAAUACCACCGCGAACACCUGGAACAGCCACAGUACCAUCGUGAACAUCCGGUUGAUCCUCAACAGUAUCUGUAUGAGUCGGCCGACGCACAGCCGUAUAACAGCCGGCCGGCCCGAAACCAGCCGGAUGCCAAAGUACCGUCUACCGGUUCGGUCGCGUUCAAGGAUGAAGCCAACGACAUGGCGUACAACGGUUACAACAGACAACAGCGGCGAUAAAACCAUAAUAUUAUUUGUACCCAUUAGUAGACACUCCACCGUCCCCGUUAUUGCAAGAUAACGAUGUACAUAGAUCGCUCGUUAACACUUCGUAAAUUAUGUGGUCCCUAUCGCGCAUUCCCUCUGUGUUCGCUGACUUGUCUUUCUGUGUCUACGUUUGCACUCACAAAUCUACAACUAUUUUCGUAUUUUACAAUAUAUUAUAAAAAAUAUUAUAUUGUACGACGCAUUAACAUCGCGAUUUAAUAAAUUUCGAACGAGCCAUUUCGAUUCGUCGGGAAAUCUCGUAUUUUGAAACUAUUUUAUCAUUGUGUAUACAUGUAAUCAUUGACUAUUUAUUGGCGAUACACGUCGUGACGAUGACGGUUCGUUCUGUUUAGCCGCAUAAAAUAAAUAAGUAAUGCGCGAUUUCAACUCAGAGCUUGUAGUUCCUCGUAAAUAUGGCCACAGAUACAAACAUAUAUUCCACUGUUUACUGUGACUGCGGUAUAUCAUACAAUUAUAAGACCUUAUUAUUAUUAUUUUAUAUAUUUUCAUGAAGUGUGACAACUGUGUACGGUAUUUUGUAUAAUUUAACAUGAUUUUGUAUUUUAUUGUAAAUAUAUAAAUAUUUUUAUUUUUUAAA